UGCUGUACCCAGCACUGAUGUCAGCCAUCUUGGUCAACACCCACCCAGUGCAUUCACUGCGGUGCCCAGGCAAUCCAAUCGGAGUGAGGCGGUGUUGAGCUGAGCGGAGGAGGGCUGUGAUUUCCAGCACGGUGCUGUCCUGCAUUUUAAAUCCCCCCCGUCUGCACAGAAGGGGAUAACCGGAGGUCGAAUAGGAGGAGGAGGAGGAGGAGGUGGAGGAGGAGGAGGAGAGGACGGGGCAGCCUUUCUCAAGCCGGCAGCGUAAUUAACUCAGUUGGAGCAAGGAGGAGAGAAGGAUGCAGGCGUAGAGAGGAGGAGAAGCAUCACCCUUUCUACCACCUGCUAAACGCUGCUGCGAGCCUCCCCCCCCGUCUUGGCCUUUUCUCUCCUUUGUGUCGAGUCUCUUUUCAUCCUCUCUGGUUUCUUUCUCUCUCUCUCUGAGCUGUUGUUUUUUUGGGGCCUUCGCUGGUUUCUGGAACCAUUACGCCUUUUUCCCUCGGCGGCGUUGGUUUUGCCUGAGUCAUCAUGUCUGAUCUGACGCCCCAGGGCGAAACCCCGACUCCCACCUCCGACAAGAUCACCCAGGCCGCCCGCGAGACCAUUUAUCUCUGCAACUUCCGCGUGUCUGUCGAUGGCGAGUGGCUCUGCCUUCGCGAGCUCAACGACAUCUCGCUCACCCCCGACCCAGAGCCGGCCCAUGAAGAUCCCAAGGAUCCCAUCGCGAUUGAAAGGCUUAACUUGAUGAACAUGGCCAAACUGAGCAUCAAGGGCCUGAUCGAAUCUGCUCUGAACCUGGGACGCACUCUCGACUCUGACUAUGCACCUCUGCAGCAGUUCUUUGUGGUGAUGGAGCACUGUCUGAAGCACGGCCUGAAAACUAAGAAGACCUUCCUGGGGCAGAACAAGUCGUUCUGGGGGGCGUUGGAGUUGGUUGAGAAGCUGACGCCUGAGGCCGGAGAGAUCACUGCCAGCGUUAAAGACCUGCCAGGCCUCAAAACUCCUCUAGGAAGAGGUCGGGCCUGGUUACGACUCGCUCUGAUGCAGAAGAAGCUCUCAGACUACAUGAAGACCAUCAUCAACAGAAAGGACCUGCUCAGUGAAUUCUAUGAGGCCAACGCGCUGAUGAUGGAGGAGGAAGGAGCCGUCAUCGCUGGGCUGCUCGUUGGACUAAAUGUCAUCGAUGCCAAUCUGUGCAUGAAGGGAGAGGACCUGGACUCGCAGGUCGGAGUGAUCGAUUUCUCAAUGUACCUCAAAGAUGGAGGACACAGCAGUAAGAGUGCAGAGGGAUAUCUUUACUUCCAUCUCUGCUCCCUCAGUGACGGUCAGAUCACAGCGAUUCUCGAUCAGAAGAAUUACGUGGAGGAGCUGAACAGACAUUUAAGUGCGUCAGUAAAUAACCUCCAGGCCAAGGUGGACGCUCUGGAAAAGUCCAACACGAAGCUCACAGAGGAGCUUGCCGUGGCAAAUAAUAGGAUCAUCACUCUACAAGAGGAUGUGGAGAGAGUAAAAGAGGAGAGCUCGUAUCAGCUGGAGUCCAGAAAGGCUCUAAGAAGCGACUCGGCAGUGGAUGGACAAGUGCUCGGUGAAACACGCAAGCAGCUCAAAGAGGAAACUGUGCUUCGAUUGGACGUGGAGAAGGAGCUGGAGGUGCAGAUCGGGAUGAAGCAGGAGAUGGAGCUGUCGAUGAAGAUGCUGGAGAAGGACAUCUGUGAGAAGCAGGACGCUCUGGUGGAUCUCAGACAGCAGCUGGAGGACCUUCGUGCCAUCAACCAGCAGCUCAGCCACAAGUCGCAGAACACAGAGGCCAGCUCUAAACAGAAGAGUGAGGUCAUCUCUCGCCUGGAGGAGAAAAUCAACCAGAUGUCGGGGACAGUAAAACAGCUGGAGAGCAGAUGCAAGCAGGCGGAGCGAGAGCGGGACCUGGCUCUGGAGGCCAACCGGCUCUUCAAGCAGGAGUUUGGAGACAAGAUCGAGAGUCUGCAGGUGGAGGUGGAGCAGCUGAGGAGGCACAGGUCAACCCUGGAUCAUGAGCUGAGGAAAGAGCGAGAGCGGCGCAGCGAGCAUCAUCUCGUCGCUGGUCCCAGACCUUCCAGUCCUCCGAGGCAGAGGAGACUCCCGGAGAACACAUCCAAACAGCUCCCAGAAUCUCCGUCAGGGAAAAGAGACAUCGAGCCGCUACACAUUGGACACGAGGACAGAACCAGUCUGAGCUCCAGUUUGUCUUUGUCACAUCACGAGGAUGAACAGGACGAUUUGUUUGUGGAGAUCACUGAGCCGUCCGUGUGCACGAUGUGUGAGCAGGACGACUCCCUCCUGAAGACAAAGAUACAGUGUAAGAACUGCAGCGGCGUCUUCUGUGAGAGCUGCGUGUCCAACGAGCUGCCGCUUCCUUCCUCCAUCCUCCCCGAGACGGUGUGCGUCGCCUGCUACUCCCUGUUGCUGCAGCAGUACGCCUCCACGCCAACAUGAACGCACUCGGACACGCGGGACACCAGAGGCAGUGAUGUGUGAAACUGGCACCGCAAAGAAAUGCACUUUUUCACUCCUGAAUUCUGUGGAAUCUUUUAAUUACUUUUAAUCCAGCGGUGUCCAGAUGUGCCAUGGAGAGUUGUGCAGGUUUCUAUUUAAAUCAGAUGCUGUUGUAGUUAUAAAACCUCGGGUGUUGAGCUGCUGUGGUGUUUUUUAUUUAAAUAGAAACCUGCACGUACUCAGCUGAACGUGGUCGGACAUUAUGAAAAUCAUCUCAUUUAAUAACUGACUGUCCACAGUGUCCACUGAGUGGACUGAUGAGUAAAAGGUCCACUGACAAUAUUUUUAACCUUGAUUUUUAAAAGAUACAAAAGGAAAAACUGGAUUUUCACAACACAUCAGAUUUAAUCAUGAACAUCAGAAUAUGAUGCAAGUGCUGAUUAAUGAAAUGUGACUGUACAGAUGAAGAUAAAACACUUUUGACCAAACACAAAGAUAUUAAACGUGUCAAUAAUAGACUGUUUGUAAAAAAGUCUUUUACACAAUAUGAAAUUGUCAGAAAAUGUUUAUUUAACUCAGUCGAUUGAGUUUAGAAUCUUGCAAAAUUUGCUAAAUCCAUGCAAAAUUUAAAUAAUACACAGAAUAUCAUCGUGUUUUAUCACAGUAUUGAUGUUUUCAGUCUGAAGCUGGUGGAGAUUGAUUCCACGCUCGUGUCUGUACGUUUUAAAUAUGAGGCAUCUGUCUGCGGACGAGUAGCUUAGCUUAGCAUAAAGACUUGAAACGGGUGGGAACAGCUAGCAUGGCUCUGUCUUGCUGUACUGGCUUUGCAUAAAAACCAAAAUGUUACAUGGGACAGGUUGAGGAUUUAUGUUGAUUGUUAAUUUUCCUCAACUUAUUUACACUAUGGAUAAAAGAGGGUUUUCUGUCUUGGCAAAAAAGCAAAUAAAUCCUUUCCCUAAAAGUCAAAUAACUCCUUCAGGUUCACAGAGGUGAAGAUCAUAUGUUUAUGAUUUAUCAUUUAUCAUUUAUCAUUCUGGGUAUAAUGUUUCUUCACUGACGUUAACUGAGGUUUCGUAGAAUCUGCUGCUUUUGGGUUCCAAUGACAUUCUGAGUUUUUCUGGGCACUUUUAAAAAGCACCCGUCUGGUUUGAAGUGGACAAAUCAACAUAUCAGCUGUUUUUAUGUAUUAUUGGUUCAUAUGAGGGGGAGGAGUCAGAGGCUGGAUCCAGACAAACCUGUAGAUUUCUCUCAUUGGAGCGAAGUAACAUGUGGAAAUGCUUCUGAGAUCAAUAAACUUUUAUUCUAUUUUAA